AUGAGCGGCGGGUACCUGGACAUCGACGAGAUCCUGGCGGGCGACGAGCGCAUCAAGUGCACGUUCGAGACGGACGCGCUGGACUGCGGGUACCUGGACCCGAGCUGCCGCAGGCCGGACCUGGCGGAGCACGCCGUGGUGGAGCUGCCGCUGUGGCUGGCCACGAUGCUGGCGCGGCGCGGGGACGUGUCGGUGGAGCCGCCGCACUUCCUGACCAAGCGCUUCCGCCGCAUGCUCAAGGCCGGGCCGUCCAGCGUGAACCUGCGCGAGUUCUCGACGUACGUGCUGGAGGUGGGGCGCCAGCUCAUGCCCUUCGUGGAGCCCGCGGCCCAGCAGGAGAUCGACGAGAUCCUGCGCCUGUGCUUUGGCGGCGAGCGCUACCGCGACCUGCUCAACAACGCCAUGAGCUCGCUGGACGAGGACACGACCGAGCUCACGCGCAAGCUCACGCAGGACGAGAAGAAGCUCUUCGACGCCGGCAUCCGCGACGCCAAGGACUUCAUCCAGUGGAAGGGCCGCAACGCCGAGACCAUCGCCACAGCCGCCGUCGUCGAGCGCUCGCACAAGAAGCGCAAGUUCCGCGCCUGA